UACGAUAGUCCUCCGUGAAUAGACUUAUGCCUAAUUCUUUAAAAUGUUAGACUAUAAAUUCUAGUUUUCGACGUGAACACAACCUAUGUAAACUUCCUAGUUCUCUUAACUCCUCUUCUAUCGAUAGUUGUGUAUUAGAGGAUGUUACAAGUGUGAUUUAUCUCAGUGUGUGUUUUUAUUCAAAAUUUUCUUGGUCCUUCCAUAUCUUACUAAUUUCCAAAAGAAUUUUCCGCCUGACCUUCUAUAUUAUGAAACGGAGAGUGUCUGGUGAUACUCAGCCACUCCUUUUGUGUUUUAUAGACUCCUGCAUCUUCCCUCUAUUUCUCUAUCGUUCUCCUCCAUUCUUUCCAGGGUUACUGAAAGAGGACUAUGCUAUAUUGACCAGAACUUUGAGGAUCGUCAACAGAACUAGUGGUGUACUUCUAAAACUUCUGGUUAAAACAGUUGUGAACAAACACAUUAACUCAUGUGAACAUCUGGCAGGAGUUAUUUUAUCAGAUGCCCAGCAUUCUCUUCACUUGAAGCUCUCUGCGUGUCGGUUAUCUGGGAAGAAAAAGAGCAAGUACAUAAGACUUUAUGCACAUACUACAAAAUAUAAUAACUCUACAAUACCGUAUUUAGCUCGUCUGUUAUGCAGUGAAGAAAGCACUAGGCACGAACUAAAUAAUCAACUUCCGUUUGUGAAAGUAAACUAAUUGAUAACAAGCAUGUUACUAUUUAUGUAUCAUGAAUUUAAUUCCUAAUGUAAUUAUCUACAUAAAUUAACUGUGCAUUUUGAAGAAACUUGCAGAUAGAGUGAAUAUUCUUAUCUUUUUUUAUGCUAAUGUAAUUUACACUUAUUUCAUUCUGCUAUGUAUUCAUGUAAGCUAUCUCUGUCCUAUUGGUG